AACCGGCUGCUCAGCUCUCUAAGAAGAAGAAGAAGUUUUCAGGUGCCUGGUGAUUGCUACAACUCAAUGGUAGUCAGUUCUUUACUGGGUAUGCCUUUUUAGUUUUUUUUUUUUGGUUCUGUCACUUGCCUGUUAGGAAUUUAUGUUUUGUUGCCUGUUAAGAAUUCAGAAAAAGUGAACAAGUAGUAGCCAAUGACAUUUACCUCGACAGGGUAUUUGAGAUCUCCAAUAAUUCUUGUAAGAGCUGUUUUUAUUAUUGUUCUGAAUGGAAACUAAUGGUUUGCCUGGUGGGAUGUUUUCUGGGAUUGGUUCAGGAAUGUUAGGCCUUGAAAUGCCAUUACACCCCCAACAACAACAACAACCUCAAAACCCCCAAAGUGCCCAAAACCCACAUCAGUUACAUCAUCACCCACAAAUGGUCGCUUAUUCCCAUCACGAAACUGACCAAUCACAACACCAACAAUCUGUUAAACAAGGCUAUCCUUUUGCUUCCAAAACUAAACAACUAUCCCCUCUUAGUGAUGAAGAUGAACCCGGUUUUACUCCCGAUGAUGGUGCUGCUGAUGCUAAGAGAAAAAUAUCUCCAUGGCAAAGAAUGAAAUGGACUGAUAGCAUGGUUAGGCUGCUUAUAAUGGCGGUUUAUUAUAUUGGUGAUGAAGCUGGAUCAGAAGGGAAUGAUCCUGCUGGCAAGAAAAAGGCUGGUGGAUUAUUACAAAAGAAAGGGAAGUGGAAAUCGGUUUCGAGGGCUAUGAUGGAGAAAGGGUUUUAUGUUUCACCACAACAAUGUGAAGACAAGUUCAAUGAUUUGAAUAAGAGGUAUAAGAGGGUUAAUGAUAUACUUGGUAGAGGAACAGCUUGUAAGGUGGUGGAGAAUCAAAGCUUGCUUGAUACAAUGGAUUUGUCCCCGAAAAUGAAGGAAGAAGUUAGAAAAUUGUUGAAUUCUAAGCACUUGUUUUUCAGGGAAAUGUGUGCUUAUCAUAAUAGCUGUGGCCAUGGUGCAACUGCUGGGGCUAGUGGUGCUAAUCAUUCUCCAGAGGUGGCCACUGAGACAUCCCAGAUUCAGCACCAGCAAGCGUCAAACCAACAACGAUGCCUCCAUUCAUCAGAUGCUGCCCAAAUUGCAGGCAAUUCGGGUAGAAUGGAUCCAGAGGCAUCGAAAUUGGCUAAAGUAGGCAGUGAAGAAGAGGAUGAUGAUGAAGAUGAUGACUCUGAUGAUGAUGAGGAUGAGGAUGAUGAAGAGGCCAUGGAUGGUCACUCAAGAGGCCACAAUGGACACGGUCAAGAAGAUGAUGAAGACAACGAUGAAAAGUCUUCACGUAAAAGGCCAAGAAAGGGAGCAUUUGCAAUGUCAUUAUCACCAUUGAUGCAACAAUUGAGCUGUGAAGUGGUGAAUGUGAUACAAGAUGGGUCAAAGAGUGCUUGGGAGAAGAAGCAUUGGAUGAAAAUGAGGCUAAUGCAAUUGGAAGAGCAGCAAGUGAGCUACCAAUACCAAGCAUUCGAGCUUGAGAAGCAAAGGCUCAAGUGGGUCAAAUUCAGUGGCAAGAAAGAGAGGGAAAUGGAGAAAGCAAAGCUUGAGAAUGAACGCAGGCGGCUGGAAAAUGAGAGAAUGGUGCUGCUUGUUAGGCAGAAGGAGUUGGAGUUUGUUGAUGUUCAGCACCAACAUCAACCUCAGCAGCAUUCGUCAAGCAAGAGGGGAGACCCAUCUACCAUCACUGGAUGAGAAAUGUAACAUACGAUAGGUCACGUUAGACAGGGAUUUUAGAGUUUUUGAUCAGAUAGAUACUUUUAUAUGAAAGGUUGUUCUGCUUUUGUUUAUGAAAUCUAGUUAUUUGAUAUAUGAAUUAUGUGCUUUCAAUCUUGUAUCAUGAUGAAAGAGGUUUUGGCUCUCUCACAUGUCAAUUGCAUUCUAUGAACAAAAUUUACCAGAAAAAAAUGU